UUGACAACUCAAAAGUCAAAAUUGCUUCUCUACAUCCUUCUAGUUCUAGACGACUCUUUUACAAGUGUCUUUUGCAGGAAAUUCUCAUAAUAAUCAAAGCCGUUGGCGAGUAUCUUGUUUUAUUGUUUGAAUAUUGGUGGCAUCUUGAGCUGUUUUACUAGUGCUAAAAGACGCAAAACACUUGAAGAAAACCAAUGGCAUUAGUUCCAACAACCGAGACAGAUGGUGCUGUGUUCACCGAAGUCGACAUGGGUUCCUCUGAUUCUAGCUCAACGGUUCGAGCCACUGUUGUCCAGGCUUCAACCAUCUUCUACGACACCCCUGCUACUCUUGAUAAGGCUGAGAGAUUAUUAGCUGAGGCCGCUUCACUUGGAUCACAGUUAGUUGUCUUUCCGGAAGCAUUUAUUGGUGGAUAUCCUCGCGGGUCAAAUUUUGGCAUGACUAUUGGUAAUCGCACGCUUAAGGGUAAAGAGGAUUUCCGGAAAUACCAUGCUGCAGCUAUCAAUGUACCUGGUCCUGAAGUUGAUCGAUUGGCAGCAAUGGCGGGAAAAUAUAAAGUUUUUUUGGUGACAGGAGUUAUCGAAAGAGAUGGCUAUACCCUUUACUGUACUGUUCUAUUUUUCGAUAAUCAAGGAUGUUAUCUUGGGAAGCACAGGAAACUCAUGCCUACGGCAUUGGAGCGCAUAAUAUGGGGCUUCGGUGAUGGAUCACACAUACCCGUUUUCGAUACUCCAGUUGGGAAAAUCGGUGCUGCUAUCUGUUGGGAGAAUAAAAUGCCACUAUUAAGGACAGCAAUGUAUGCUAAAGGAAUAGAAAUAUAUUGCGCACCGACAGCUGAUUCGAGGGAUGUUUGGCAAGCAUCAAUGACACAUAUAGCAUUGGAGGGUGGAUGUUUUGUUUUAUCGGCAAACCAGUUUUGUAGAAGAAAAGAUUACCCUGCUCCCCCGGAAUAUGUUUUUAGUGGAACCGAUGAAGAAGAACUCACACCGGAAUCUGUCGUUUGUGCGGGUGGUAGUGUUAUUAUUUCACCAUCAGGGGCUGUUCUUGCAGGACCUAAUUAUGACGGUGAAGCACUUAUUACCGCUGACUUAGAUCUUGGGGAAAUUACUCGGGCAAAGUUUGAUUUCGAUGUGGUCGGGCAUUAUGCAAGACCCGAAGUGCUUAGCUUGAUUGUGAGGAAUGAACCAACAACUCCAGUUUCUUUCACAUCAGAUGGCUCUCACAAAUAACUUUUUUAAAGAUGGAUCGGCCCUUGUUGUACGCUAACUUACGAUACCUCCCUUCGGAUAAAAUCUAAUCGACCUUGUUUUCGGUGGUAUUUGUUUGUUUGUUUGUUUCUUCUCCCCUUGUGUAAUCAACUUGAUAAUUUGAUGGAAAAUGGAUGUGUCUAUUGAUGAAA